AUGGGUCGGCUCGACCGGAGUGAUACCACGGCCUCACAGAAAACCAGAAAACAACCAGCGUUGUGUUUCGCCGUAGCAUGCGAAGUGAAAAGGAUAUACGUUUUGUUGAGAUCUAGAAAAGGAAAAACUAUCUCGCAACGAUUGACCUACAUCCUAAGUGACCCGUGGAGUCAGGCUGAUGAUAAUGAUGAUCAUUUGGAUGGCACAGUUAAGUUGCAUAAAGCAGCUAACAACCACGCUUUAGAGGUUCCGAGGGUUGGGGAUAACGCGACGAUCUCCAACCCCUGUCAGCGUGGGUCUGAUGACCACAGACCAGAGCCAUCAAAGAUGGACCUCUCUAGGUUAUACGACGGUCUGCGAAAAAUUAAGCCCAAUUUCGCCAAUGACAUCGUGCCGAUUGAAGGAGAUAUUGCAGAUAUCAGACUCGGCCUUUGCGAUAAGGAUUGGGAUACAUUGACAAAAGAAGUCAACGUGAUCAUCCACUUAGCAGCAACAGUAAGGUUCAACGAGCCCCUUAAAAUGGCAGGUCUGAUCAAUGUGAGAGGAACCAGAGAAGUACUGGAAUUGGGAAAGCAGUGCCUUAACCUCAAGCUACUAAAUCAUAUUUCUACAGCUUUCGCUCAUACAACUGUGAGCCGAAUGAAGAAAGAUGUCCUGGAACAGUUCUACCCAGCUCCUGUACCACCAGAUACCUUUAUAGAGCUGGUGGAAAGUGUUGAUGAAGAACGAUUGGCAGAAAUCACGUCUGGCUUAAUCAAGGGCUGGCCAAAUACAUACACGUUUACUAAGGCGAUUGCUGAGGAACUGGUGAGGAGACGAGCUGGAGACAUGCCCAUCUGCAUAGUCAAGCCAGCUGUAGUCAUCGGAUCGUAUGUCGAGCCUUCACCAGGGUGGAUAGACAACCAGACCAUUAUGGCGUCACCUGUUGGAUUUCUUUUGGGAUCCGGACUUGGCUUGAUGCACGUAUUAUAUUUGAGAAAAGAACUGGAUUUUUGUAUAGCACCCGUGGACUAUGUGAACAACGCUAUCUUAGCCGCCGGUUGGGACUCUGUUCAAAACAGGAAGAUAAUUGAUAACAAGAUACCAAUCUACACUGUUGGUAGUUCAGCUUGCAAUUAUUCAUGGGGAAAACUAAUAGAAACAAUAAAAUCUGAUGAAAUGAGGAGGAUGAUAUCACCAAAAUCCUUGUAUUACGCGUGUGCGGUUGAAACAUCAAACCCAAUCCUAUUUUGGCUUUUAACCUGGAUAUUCCAUUACAUUCCUGCAUACUUCAUAGAUGCCAUCGUCUCUAUUCUUGGAGUCAGGCCUAAAGGCAUACCAUCCCUGGUAUCAAUUUACACAAAGACGUACAAUUUGUUCAAAAUUUACGAAUACUUUCUGUUUAAUUCUUGGAAGAUUAGAGACGAUAAUCUAGUGGGGAUGAUGGACCGGAUGUCUCCAGAAGACCAGGCUAUCUUUGGAUGCGAUGUCAGAGAAAUCGAUCAUAGAGAUGUGGCUAUAUCUAUGACCAUUGGUCUACGAAGGUUUAUUGUCAAGGACGGUCUGAAAGGUUCAGAAUACGGGCAGAAGAAGCAAAAAAUACUGAAAUAUGUCGACAAACGAGCAGACGGAUUACCUGAUGGUAAGCAAUCAGCGCCGCCCAUGGACACUCGCAACGGAGGAGUUACGAGUUCUUCAACCACCAUGGAUCCUGCUUUAGCAGUAGAACUGGAGGCUCUGUCUCGCCAGAAAGCAAUGUUUGAGGCAACAGAACGAGGAGAUUCCGUUAUCCAAGAGUUCUAUAAAGAUAAGACUGUAUUCCUGACUGGAGCGUCAGGGUUCCUUGGCAAGCAGCUUGUAGAAAAACUCUUCAGGGCUUGUAAUAUUGGGAAGAUCUUCGUGCUGCUUCGGCCGAAGAAAAAUAUGACAAUUCAAGAGAGACUUGAAGAAAUGCUACAAGAUCCUGUUUUCAACUUGGUGAAGAAGAAGAAACCGAAUUUUGCAGAGAAUAUAGUUCCGGUUAAAGGAGACGUGUCCGAAAUAAGGCUCGGCCUUAAUGAUGAUGAUUGGAUGAUGAUUACAACAGAGGUAGACAUCAUAUUCCACGUGGCAGCUACCACCAGGUUCGACGAAGCUCUCCGAGUGUCCACCAUGAUCAAUAUCCGGGGUACCAGAGAGUCUGUACUUCUCGGUAGGGAUUGUCGAAAACUGAAGUCUUUCGUCUACGUGUCAACAACGUACUCCACCGCUACCGAGGCUAACGUGGACAAGGAAGUGAUGGAGCGGUUCUACCCCUGUCCGUUGCCACCAGAGCUGAUGAUUAACAUGGCUGAGAACAUCGAUGACGAUCGGAUGGAAUCUAUUGAGGCCAACCUGAUCAAAGGGUACCCCAACACGUAUACCUUUACCAAGUCCAUAGCUGAAGAAGUGGUGCGGAGCAGAGCUGGUGACAUGCCUACUUGUAUAAUCAGACCGGCAGUUGUAAUAUCUUCAUAUCGAGAGCCAGUCCCAGGAUGGGCAGAUGCAAGCUGUGCUUUUGGAGCAAGUGGGCUAAUCCUGGGUCCAGCAACUGGUCUGAUUCAUGCUAUAUACGCUUCAAAUGAUGUCAAGUUCAGCCUUGUACCGGUGGAUUAUGUCAAUAACGCUAUAUUAGCAGCUGCCUGGCAUACAGCUAAGAAGGAAGCGAAUGAUAUUCAGAUAUAUUCUGUAUCAAGUGCCAGGAAUUUAUUUCAUUGGGAACCAAUUUCUUCAAAGAUCCGUGAUAUUGGCAAGGUACUGCCUACCCCUCUAGCUGUGUGGUACACCUUCAUAAUAAAUACAUCGAAUAAACCCCUGUUUUUCUUGCUGACAUGGCUUCUGCAUUACAUUCCCGGCUACAUACUGGACGCUGGCUGCAUUCUGCUAGGAAAACCGACGAUGUCGGCAAACGACCAGACGGAUUACCUGAUGGUUUAUAAAACUGUACAACCGCGUGAACAGAUCAUCCCUAGCCCUCUCCUACUUUACAUCCCGGACUUGGGUGUUUAACGACAACAAUUCUGACAAAUUAUUCCAGAGUUUGUCAAAAUGCGACAAAUUAAUAUUCAAUUUUGACACAACUGACAUUAAUAUACCGGAAUUUGUGACAAUUUGGUGCGUGGGGCUAAGAAAAUAUUUAAUGAAAGACGGUAUUAAGAACACGGAAUAUGCACGGAAAAAGCAAAUUCUGUUGAAGUAUCUACAUUAUUUCGUGUCCUGUGUUUAUUUUUAUGCUUUGUUUAAAGUUACGUGUUUUGUUUUUUAUAUUACGCUGCGUUUGUUUGGUUUUGUUUGAAUUUGUAUUACUUAAGUGUGUUUUGUUUUUAAUAAAUGGUUCAGUAUUUUGAUA